AUCUUCUCAAGUUGUGUCUUUGUUUUGAUGGUCUGCUUGAUGUUCAAACCAGCAGUUGGAAAACCAGAAUACCUUCGCGAAAACGAAAACUGCGCAUUGUCUGUAUCUGAUGAAGUGAAUUAUAAUAUGCUUCCUGAUUCUUGGUAUCACAUCCUAAUCACCAAUGAUCGAGUUGAACGCGGUGUACCAUGUUAUGUGAUCAAAUAUUUCAGAGAAACUCCUGACGAAAUUUUUGCUCAAAUCCAGGGUAUUUCAUCAGCGGAAAAAAGAACAAUGUCAAUCAGUGAAGUCAUACCAUUCCGUUGGUAUCAGAACGGAACUUCAAUUACAAGAUACGACACAAGUUUCGAUUUUUUGGGGAUGGAUGUGGAAAAACGUAACGGAGCGUCGGGAGAGAUGCGGUACAUUUAUGAGCAUCCGUUUAGUUGCUUUACAGAUUAUGGGCAUUAUUUACUGUGCUUGCAGUGUGGUAGAGAAGGUCCAAAGUAUAUAUGGGCUCUCAGUCGAAAUCCACACCCCACUGCAGAAGACAUUCUACGAGUGCACAACAAGCUUGUUACGAUCGGUGGUGGCUGGAGCGCUGUUCCCUUGUACUUAUCAGGCUGUCGUAAAUUUAGCAUGCCAGAAAGAAUUGCUUAUUAAAAUGCUAAUGUCUACAUAUUUGUCAACCAAGUGUGUUUAUAUUUACAUAAUAACUAAAUAUUAUAUCUAAUAUAUGUAAUUGAUGUUAUACAAUGUUAAACAUAUCGAAAAAGUAACCCAGUAAUCGCAUGACCUAUUCAAAAAUGUA